UUUUUUUAAUAACAGCCUAAUUUUGCUACCGCUAUAUUGUUACUGCUGGCAGUAAUAGCUUAUUCCCUCCUUGUACCUUAUUAUUAGAAAAUUAUGACAAACGUCUUAAGGGCAUCUUCCUCUUUCGUCAUUAAAAAAGCUUUUCACCAAAACUUUUUUAGAUCUAUAUCAACAGUUAAUAAACCUAACUAUGCAAUUGCUUUUGACAUUGAUGGUGUCUUAAUUAAAGGAAAACGUCCUAUUCCCGAAGCAACUCGUGCUUUAAAGUUGUUGAACGGUAAUAACGCUUCAAAUAGAACCAUACCAUUUGUACUUUUAACAAAUGGAGGAGGAAUGACUGAAGAAGAGAAGGCAAGACAAAUCAGUGAACUUGUUGGUGUUAAGAUUAAUCCCAAACAAGUUAUACUUUCUCAUUCCCCAAUGAAAAGUUUAGCAGAUAAAUAUAAAGAUAAGAGAGUUUUAAUUAUUGGCGGCCAAAGGAGAGAUUGUUAUGAUGUAGCUAAAGAGUACGGUUUUAAAGAAGCUGUAGUGCCCAAUGAUAUUAUGCACUGGAAUGGUUCAUCUUGGCCAUAUUCAAGAGCUACCUCUGAUUUGUCUAUGUUAACGGAUUCUGCUAUUGAUUUUUCAAAAACACCUGUCCAUGCUGUUAUGGUAUUUCAUGAUACCUUUGAUUGGGGAAGAGAUCUUCAACUUAUGUUAGAUGUACUUUGCUCAAAAGAUGGUAUUCUUGGAACAAGAAAAGAAGACUAUUCAGUACAAGAUGUUCCCCUUUAUUGGUCUAAUAAUGAUCUCAUCUGGAGUACAGACUUUCCUGCACCUAGAUUAGGUCAAGGAGCUUCCAAGGUUGCCUUAGAAGCUUUAUAUAAAAAGUUGACAGGUCACGAAUUAAAAUCAACUUCGUUUGGUAAACCUCACGCGACAACUUACCGUUAUGCUGAACAAAUUCUUGAUUCCUUGGCUACUCAUCCUUCACAACUACAACAGAAACGUAAUGUGUAUGCUAUAGGUGAUAAUCCUGCUGCAGAUAUUAAGGGCGCUAAUAAUUAUGGUUGGACAAGCGUUUUAGUUCGUACAGGUGUUUUUUCUGGUAAAGAAAAUUCUAAAGAAUUCCCUGCUAAAAUGGUAUGUGAAAAUGUAGAAGAAGCUGUAGAAAACAUUAUUGCUUUAGAAGAAGAGAAAAGAAAAAUAAUGUAGAUUAAAAUAAAAGCUUCUAUUAAUUAUUUAAAUAUUUCGUCACCUAGUGUAAUAAAAAAAAAUGGUUAAAUUUCCCGAAAACAGUGUUUGUUCGUCUUCCUCUUGUCAGCCUGGGUACACCCCUAUAUUCAAUCUCUACUUGAAAAAAAAAAGCGUGGGGUAAGAUAAAACUAUUGGAGAUUCGAGAGGGGGGCUGUUACUAACUGUGAGCUUCAAUAAGCCUAUUUUCUCUCUCUCUCUCUCUCUCUCUCACUCUUUCUCUCUACAAUUCCUUAAAUAAGCUUGUUGAUUUCUUCACUGUGCGUG